GAGCGUGCGCGACCGUUGGCAGCUGCUGCCGGCGGGGGGAUGUCGGCCGCGUGCGCGGUGUCCCGUGAGGCGCAGCCAGCGCUGCCGCCACCGCCCCGCGGUGACAGAGAUCCGCCGGCCAAGGCCAUGCGCAGGGGACUGCGGCGGGGCCGCGAGGAGGAGCAGGAUCAGGAGCGGCUCCCGUGGCCGGCGGAGAGCGGGGGCGGCGAUCCAGAGGGGGAGCAGGAGGCCUGGCGGAGCGGCGAGCGGCGGCGGCGGCAGCCGCAGGAGCCGAGGGCGCUGGCGGCGGCGGCCAGGGUGGAGGAGGAGGCGGAGGAGGAGCGGAUGGAGCGGGAGCAUUUCCGGAGAAUCAUCAACGCCUUCCGAUAUUACGGAACGAACAUGCAUGAACGUGUGAACAGAACAGAGAGGCAGUUUAAAUCCCUUCCAGCUAAUCAACAGAGUCUUCUUCCUCAAUUCCUUCCUCACCUUGACAAGAUUCGGAAGUGCAUUGAUCAUAAUCAAGAAAUACUGCAGACCAUUGUGAAUGACUGCGUUCAUAUGUUUGAAAAUAAAGAAUAUGGAGAAGAUGGAGGAGGGAAGAUUACACCUGCUUCAACGUUUGACAUGGAUAAAUUAAAAUCUACUUUGAAGCAAUUUGUCAGAGACUGGAGUGAAGAGGGGAAACCUGAGCGAGAUUCCUGCUACCAGCCAAUAAUUAGUGAAAUUGUAAAGAACUUUCCAAAAGAAAGAUGGGAUUUCUCCAAAGUUAAUAUCCUGGUACCUGGUGCUGGGCUAGGUAGAUUGGCGUGGGAAAUAGCUAUGCUCGGUUAUGCUUGCCAAGGAAAUGAAUGGAGCCUCUUUAUGCUCUUUUCUUCUAACUUUGUACUCAACAGAAGCUUAAACUUUUACAAUUUCAAGGAUACAUGUUUAGAGACAAACAGGGAGAUUCAUGCUUUAAAAGAUACUUGGGACUGCAUAGCAACUUGCUUUUUCAUUGAUACAGCACAUAAUGUUAUUGAUUAUAUUGAUACUAUAUGGAAAAUACUGAAGCCUGGAGGCAUAUGGAUAAAUGUAGGUCCUCUUCUUUACCACUUUGAAAAUUUGGCAAAUGAACUUUCAAUAGAGUUAAGCUAUGAGGAUAUAAAAAACGUUAUACUACAGUAUGGCUUCCAUAUAGAGGUGGAGAAAGAAUCUGUACUGUCAACUUACACUGUGAAUGAACUCUCCAUGAUGAAAUACUACUAUGAAUGUGUGUUGUUUGUGGUGAGAAAACCAGAAGAGAAGUGCUUUGAAUAGGUUAGUCAGAAAAGAGUUAGGCCUGAAUGCUAGAAUUAAGAAUAAUAAUAUGGACUGAAUGAUGUCUGGACACAACCUCAAAUCAUUGGUGCCUUCCUGUUCCUAAUAAGAUUUAGAUAGUGACUAUUUUCUUAAUAUUUCUGUUGCUAUCCAGACAUGUACUAUGCCAUACGUGUUUGUACUAUAACUAGUGAAAAUGGAGGAUAAAAUGUUUGCAUACACUGUCUUUGUGCUUUGGAAUGCAUUAAGAACAAAAAUGUUUUUUUGGAUAUAAAAAUCGUUCGUCAGAACCAAGCUAACUUUGCAAAUGCUGCCUCGUUUUUCUUGGAUUUAUAAUCUCCUUUGUUCUGCUUUCUGAUGUUAGGAAUGCACAGAGGUACUUACUGUACUUGCUGCGUCACAUUUAAAGAAGUAUUUUUAAACAUACACUGAAAGUCAAUUAUGAAGUCUGAAAUGAUUGAAAACUUAUGGAAUGAUUAAAUGACCUGUUACUGAGUUGUGGCAACCUAGCAGGGGGGUUGGAACUAAAUGAUCAUCUCAUAGCGUUGAAACUGAAAUAUCGAAUGCGUUGUGGCUUUAAAACAUACUGAUUUUGAGUCACCUACUUAUCGCUUAAGCCAAAGUGUUAAACGUAUAAUUAACAGAAAGUUAUGAUAAACCUUGCACUCAUCUCUUUUUCAAUGUUAAUGACAAAACUGAGUUAUCCAUGCCACUUGUAGGUAGUGACAGAGAAAAAUCCCUCUUUCCUGAGGAAUAAAAAAAAAAUCAUGUAAAUAAUGUGCUGUAACUUAGUAAUUUCCUAACCUGGUCAGCAUUGUAGCUUUAGGCACUUUACUACUUAGUGGCUUAUUUCUAGGUUCCUUAUCCUAAAUUUUUUUCUGGCUAAUGAGGCUUAGGCAGAUAUUUAAUCUGCAAAUCCUAGCCGAAUCUUCGUAGAAGUAAGGCUGAAUCUUCUUUUGCUUAAGCUAUAUAAAUGAAAAAAAUGACUGAGCUUAGAGGAGGUAUCAUGGUAGCCAUUUGUUCUCUUAAUGUAUUGGUUGGGUUCAGUACCACCUUUAUUGUUAUUCAAAAUAAAAGAACCUUGUGGUAAGGAAUUAAGGGUGUUUUCAGGGUCAUAAUGGUGCACUGGACAAUAACUUGUUUAAAUGUUUACGAUUGUUUCCGGUCCCUUUUUCAGGGUGAUGUCAUAAUCUCAUAAUCACAUCCUUUGGAUACUUCCAUUAAUCUUUUGGAUACUUCCAUUGUUAACUUUGGGACUUUUCCUGUUAAGGCUGGACAUUUGUGCCUUCAUUUCUAAAAUGAAAGUUUGCAUGGAAGGAAAACACAAUUCUGUUUUUUUUUUUUUGUUGUUGUUUGUUUUUUAAAUAAUUUCAACACUGUGUAUAGGAAAAGAGUGAUUGUGGAUGUUUCAGUAUUGUGCCCCUUUCUGGUCAGAAUUUUUACUGAGAAUAAAGGGUUCUGGACUACAGAAGUUUUCAGCUUUGCAUAAAAUACUGUUUUUUGAUCUGCACCACCAAGAUUUUACUUCAUUUAUGAACUGCUGAGAUUCUGCCUUGGUCCAAGAAAGAUUUUUUUUUGAUGCACUGCUUCAGCAAGGGAAUUAAAAUAAAAGUUCUUCCACACCUUCAAAAAAUAACAAUAAUAAUCAUCGUCCAUCAUCAUCAUCUUCAGUUACUUUCAUUCUCUUACUGUAUUUACUUUGGUUAUUGGAUGGACUUUGUGUUUCUUCACUUUGAUUUUUCCUUAGAUAAAACGAGAUUAGCAUUUUGAUUUCCAAGUUCCUUGAAGUCAGAUAGAGUCAGCUGAAUGUCGGUCCUGCCAAGGCUGAGGGCUGCCCUGUUUUCUGCCCUGGCAGUCAGCGGUUAUACCCAACAUGUGAUGUUUCCUAAACAUACAAAAUUGUACUCCUGUGUUCUGGUUGAACAAUGCUAUCCUUUGUUCACUUGGGUUUGUUCACUGCUGCCCCACGUUGUCACAAGUGCCAUUCUCAGCACUGGUUACAGGAAGUGGUUUUAUUGACUUUAAUCAUGUAUAUAUAGCGAUGUGCUCGUAUUUCUCAUUUGGAAAAUGCCAGUUUCCCCCCCGUGGAUUUCCUUUUAACGUGUAGCAGCUGCAUUAACAUUUGGAAGCGGCACAGCCUUGUGAAUCGGUGGUGUGAGUCAGUGGUGUGGAACCCUCUGCCCUACCUGCGCGUUCCCGGGCUGCUCCAUCGCUCUGCCGGGGAUAUCUGCUGUGCCACGCUCCGCCCGCUGCACCCACUGUGAGUGCGCUCCCACAUCCUGGCCUAACAAAUGCUUCUGCCUAUGGAGUACGUUUGACAAAUGUAAAGCUUCCUGUGUUUUUAUUUAUAUGUAGUGCGCACACAGCACAGUCACAAAGAUGGGGAUUGGAAGCUUCAUGUCUCCGCGUGAACUUUCCGCUAUUUUUAAUGUGUGUAAUGAACUUGAUUUUUCUCAGACAUUAAAGUUUGCAGUACGA